GUAUUUGCCCAAUCCGUGUCAUUUAUACCCGCUGUUAUUUCUCCGCAUCCUCCCGUCACCCCUUUCCCCUGCCGCAAGAAAUCGGUGUAGAAGGAGUAUAGCAGAGGCUUGAUCCCCAAUCCAGGUUUUUCAAUUCUCGAGUUGCACUUUUCACCCUUAAUAUCCGGAGGAAAAUCGAAGGAUGACAUCCGAGGAGACGGUGAAGGAGCAGCUGCUUGCGUUGCGGACAAAGCUUGCGAAGAAGCAGACAUUCGAGGAGGCAGUAUCCUCGAUCGCGUUUCUUCUGCGAGACCGUUACACUUCCGCCUCCCCUUCGCUUCGUCAAUUGAUAUAUUCUACAGUUUGCCGUGUAGCUACUCUUCUUCAAACUAGAUAUACAGCACGUGGAUUUUGGCUUGCUGGCUUAAGUCUAUUUGAAGAUGCAGAGAAGCUAGUUACCGAACCAUCUGAAAAGGAUAAUUUACAUAAAUUUGUUACUAGGGCUCGUGAGCAUUUGAAUGAUAUAGAGAAUGAGGCUCCUAGUUCUGAAAGAAGACAAUCAGAUUCUAGGUACCUUUUUGAAGGUCACUUGACUGUCGAGCCUGAACCAGCACCACCAGCAUGGCUUGUGGCCCAAAAUCUACUUACAACUCUUGCUGUAGCACAAGAUUGGACUGCCACUGCUGAAUCUUCACAGGUUCAGGAAGAGAACAACAAUACAACUGAAAGUAGUACAGUGGCUGGGCUUCCUGCGACUGUCAGAGAGUUAAUGAGUAAUUUGCAAGAGAUAAAUGGCUUUCUUGAUCUUGAAAAUGUUAUUGAAGCUUCAUUGCAGGAAAUUGGUGCUGGAACGCACAGAGCGCCCCCUGCCUCGAAAGAAGUUGUUGCUGGUCUCCCCGUUAUUGAUGUUACUGAGGAAGUGAUUGCUCGGUUGGGAACUGAGUCUGAGUGCGCUGUCUGCAGGGAUAACUUGGUUCUUAAUGACAAAAUGCAGGAACUUCCCUGCAAACAUCUCUUUCACCCUCCUUGUUUGAAGCCCUGGCUGGAUGAGCACAAUUCCUGUCCAGUAUGCAGGUACGAGCUGAGGACUGAUGAUCAUGCAUAUGAGAGUUGGAAGGAGAGGGAAACCGAGGAAGAGAGGAAAGGAGCAGCUAAUGCUCUUCGUGGUGGAGAAUUUAUGUACGUCUGAUAUUAUGUUUUUUAUUUUUUAUUUUUCACCUUGAGAACACUGCAGAUUGCUGCAUCCAUCUCACAAAAUUAUUGCUUUUUAGUAAUAUAUUUUGUAUGAUUCAUUGAGAACGCCUUCUGAGCUUCUUCUCGGAAAUUUCACUAUCUUUUUACUAUUUGAUUAUUUCUGUUUCGAGUUCAA